AUGAAAUUGGGCUUCAAAAAGGGUUUCGGGUCGACCGCGGCGUUGGGACGGUCGGUCGGGAUGAUCGGCCGAACAGUCGGGUCGUGGCCGAGUCGGAACGGUUGUGGCCGGAUGGAUUCACGGUCGGCCGGCUUGGUCGGGCGGAUAGAGAUUUGGCCGAUGGUUUCUCGGCCGGACGUGGGACGUUCUUUCCCGGCUCGGACGGAUGCAUCGGCCGUGGUACGCGAAGUGGGUUGCGCGGCCGCGAGGCCUUGUUCCCGGCUCGCGCGGCAUGGUCGCGCGCGGCGUGGCGUGGAACGCUUGAAGCUUGGCCGACCGCGGGACAAUGUUUCCCGGGUCGUGUUGCAUGAUCAGCCGGUCGGUUUCGAACUUUGGCCGAGACUUCAGUCGGACGGACAUGACUUCAGUCGUUUCUCGGCCAGCCGGACUGCGCGGUUUGGGCGCUGA